CUCAUUCGAAACUCGAUUACUCUAGACUUGCGUUCGAUUACUGCUGCCUUUCUGCCAACCACAUGUAUUUAUUUUUUAUACAAAAAUGGCGGACACUGAAGAUACGCAGGUUGUUAAACCGAAGAAACGAGAAGGUCAAGGAGCCAGGAGAGUAGCCAACCAAAUCCCAGAUGAAAUCCUGAAUGACCCGCAGCUGCAGGACGCCAUCCUUGCUUUACCUCAGAAUUACAACUUUGAAAUCCAUAAGACAAUUUGGCGAGUGAGGCAGGCCAAGGCGAAGAGAGUGGCGCUACAGUUGCCAGAGGGUCUACAGAUGUUUGCCUGUGUAAUUGCUGACAUCAUUGAAAGGUUCACAGAUGCAGACACUGUGGUGAUGGGGGAUGUGACAUAUGGAGCCUGCUGUGUGGAUGACUUCACCGCCCGUGCCCUUGGGGCUGACUUAUUGGUGCACUACGGCCACAGCUGCCUGAUCCCCAUCGACUCCACGGCAGGCAUAAAGAUGCUCUACGUGUUUGUGGACAUCCAGUUGGACACGGCGCACUUCCUGGACACCGUGCAGUACAACUUCACCCCCGGACAGUCCCUGGCUCUUGUCAGCACCAUUCAGUUUGUGGCAGCGUUGCAGUCUGUCAGUAUUGCCCUGAAGCAGACGUUUGACGUGUUGAUGCCUCAGUGUCGCCCCCUGUCUCCCGGGGAGAUCCUGGGCUGCACCUCACCUCGGCUUGAAAGGCCCGUCGAUGCCAUCAUUUACCUGGGUGAUGGGCGGUUUCACCUAGAAUCCAUAAUGAUUGCCAAUCCAGAUGUACCUGCCUACAGGUAUGACCCCUACAGUAAGAUCUUCUCGCGAGAGUACUACGACCACAAAUCCAUGCGGGAGAGCCGACAGAAGUCCAUCGAGCAAGCUCGAUCAGGCCAGAGAUGGGGCCUUAUCCUGGGCACCCUUGGCCGGCAGGGCAGCCCCAAAGUCCUGGAGCACCUGGAAUCCAAGCUGAAGUCUUUAGGCAAGACUUUCACUAGAGUAAUGCUGUCGGAAAUCUUCCCCAGCAAACUAGAUCUGCUGCCAGAUGUUGACGUGUGGGUACAGGUGGCGUGUCCGCGCCUCUCCAUAGACUGGGGCCCGGCCUUCUCUAAGCCCCUGCUCUCCCCUUAUGAGGCUUCAGUGGCCCUCCAGCAGGUUCAGUGGCAAGAAGUGUAUCCAAUGGAUUACUACGCCAAAGGGAGUCUGGGACCUUGGACUGUCAAUCACCCUGAUCACCAGCCAUCUCGCACUGCCAAAAGACCAAUCAGAAAUUGUGUAUCAGGCAAAGCUGCAGCUGGCAAUCAGAGCACUCCCUGUGGCUGUCAGGCAGAAUAACCAGAAUGCUUCCAUACUCCUGUGUCACUGACCCGCAUCAGGAAAUACAUCCAGACAUCACGCAAGAACCAGCUGGAAAUCACGCACAAUAAUCAGGAUAUUCGUUCUAAAUCUGAUGAAACUAUUUCAUUCAAGUGCUUCAUUUCCCCCUAUUGUUCAUUUGGUCACACUAUUCAGGAACACUGAUUUUUUUAAACGUGCCUCUGGACCUGACUUGCGUCAGAAACUUGAACAGUAUCAAUGUAUAAAUGUACAUUUUUGUAAACAUUUGUAAUUAAAGAGCUGAACUGCCAAA